UGAACCGCGAACAGCUGAUUACUUUCACAACUUUCUGUUCUUCACUAAACAGAGCAUUCCUGGAUAUCCCUGAAUUCCAAAAUAUACAAAGAUGUCUGCUCCUAUUAUUAUGCGGCUUAUGGCUUCCUCCAUUAGCACGGCCAAGCGGGCCGGAGUGAUCAUACGCGAUGUGCUGAAAAAAGGCGACCUGGGAAUUGUGGACAAAGGCCACAACGAUCCCCAGACGGAGGCCGACCGCUCCGCUCAGCAGUGCAUCAUUGCCUCGUUGACCAAGAAAUUUCCUACUGUGAAGAUCAUUGGGGAGGAGGGAUGUUCCGAUCUAAAUGUGUGCGACGAUUGGCUGGUGACCGAACAGGAUGAGUCGUUUCUGCAGCACAACUGUCCGGCGGAGUGGCAGGAUGCCAAGCCUGAAGAUUUUGUCAUAUGGGUGGAUCCAUUGGACGGCACCGCGGAAUACACACAAGGAUUCGUUGAGCAUGUUACGGUUCUGAUUGGAAUUGCUGUCAAGGAUGCUGCGGUGGGCGGAAUUAUUCAUCAGCCCUUCUACAAGCAGCCUGAUGGAGAGCUGGGCCGCACAAUUUGGGGCCUCAAGGGCGUAGGAACUGGGGGAUUCACACCAAAGGCAGCGCCAGCUGGGAAGUUCAUCAUCACUACCACUCGCUCACAUUCCAAUGCCUUGCACCAGCAAGCUCUCAACGCCUUCCCAUCCGCCGAGGUAAUAAAAGUCGGGGGUGCCGGCUUCAAAGUUUUGCAACUGCUCGAGGGAAAGGCGCAUGCGUACGUGUUCGCCACGCCAGGAUGCAAGAAAUGGGACACCUGCGCACCCGAAGCCGUGCUCGAAGCCCAGGGCGGAACCCUGACCAACAUCAAUGGGGAGCACUACGCCUACAACGCGGAUGUGGAGCACGUGAAUAAAAAGGGAGUAUUGGCCAGUCUUGGGCAAAAUCAUUCCGAUCUGGUAGAGAAGAUUCCCGCGGAGGUGCGUCAAGCAGUGGGAGCCAAAUAAGUGAGUGAGAUCGCCAGAAGUCUCAGCACUUUAUUAGUUUAUUUUCCACUUAACGUAACUUUAUAAAUUAAGAGAUAACAGAAAGAUAGAAAAUUUACAAAAUUUGCAAGAUUAUAAAAAAUUAAAAGAUUAAUUCAAACGUUA